CACGGCUGGGGCCUAAGCAUUGCCUCAGGGCGGCUGACCGGUCAAACGCCCCCGAUUGGGAGCGACGCCAUUGGUUUUGUAUCGUCAGAAGAUCCUGGGACCUGCACGCGCCCGCACACGAUACGGCGCAGCCCCGAGGCUAUCGGAAUGCCCAACCGCAAAAAUAUACAUGUAGUUGUAUACAUGUAGUUGAACGGAAUGCGGAUAUAAUUCCAAGAGAUCCAGGAUGGCCAUAUCGCUCGUGCUAGACUUACGCAAAAUAUCACCACCAAUGCCAUGAUUGGGCCUGGGAAAAAUGAUUUACCAGUUGUUGUUCACGAGAAGACACUUUACGACGGUCCUCUCCAGUCUACUCAUAUCCGUCUUCCUCCUCGGCGUGCUGAAUACAUUUCAGCAUGGCCACGUCCGAAGCUCAAUGUGGCCGGGCCAAAAACUCGGGUUUGACGAUAACCAUGGCAAUGAAGAAACUGUCGACACCAUGAUACCCUUGGAACCCUUGCAACCACCAAAUGACUACCAAGUUGUCGUCGACGAGCCACUGCCUUGCCCACGGCGUCUUCAAACGGCGUACCUGGAAGAGCUCCGUCAAAGCCGGGCAGCGUACUGUUCGGCUGAGUCGCCAUCCCAGUUGACAUGUUUCCACAGCCAGAAAAGCGACAGCACCAUCGACUCAUUCUGCGUCGGGGAACACGGGGUGCUGGGCACGAAGGGCAAGUUCGAACUGUCGUGUGAAGAGAUCGUGCCAUAUACUAUCGAGGCAAAUGAAACGGCCCAAACACUGGACAUGCUCAAGUCCUACUGGUAUGAGACUGGGCCACGCGUCGUAUUCGACCAGUAUGUCGAGGCGAAGAAGGGCGAACUUGCAUUAUCAUCACCACCGGAACUGAAAAGUCAGGAGGAUGACGAAUCUGCACCGUCGUACCCGACCAACUCAAACCAUUAUUCGAUACUCCUGAAGCGCGAGGGGUCGGUUAACCUCUGGCACUGCUUGAUGGAGAUCAUGUCCCUCAGCAUGACGCUCGAUGUGCUGCAGAUGACACGACAGCGGGGCUCGGCCGACACAAUGCUCAAGCCGGCUGACGCACCCAACACGCAAGUCAUCGUCCUCGACGACAAAGAAAACGGGCCCUUCUUCGACCUCUGGGGCCUCUUCGCCCAAAAGCCCACAAUCCGGCUGGCUGAAGUGCCCGCCGGCACCGACAUGGGCACACUUAUCAUCCCUCUAGCGGGGGCCAGCAACCCUGUCUGGCAGGACGAUUGGGAGCCCAACAAUUGCGUCCACUCGAGCCUACUGGAGACCUUUUCGCGGCGCGUGCUACGCUAUCUUCACGUCUGGGACGCCGACAAAGAGCAGGAAAAAGACAAGAUAGUCGUGACCUUCAUCGACCGUAGGUCGGGGCGCAGGCUGGUGGAUCAGGAGAAGCUCGUGGCUGCGCUGGAGAGGCGAUAUGCUGACUCGCCCGUGCGCCUCGAGGUCCACCUCGUCGACUUCGCGGCCAUCCCCUUUGCCCAGCAAGUGCAACUAGUGCGGGACUCGGACGUGCUGGCCGGCGUCCACGGUGCCGGCCUCACCCACACCCUCUGGCUGCGCGAGCCUUCUGCCGUCGUCGAGAUUCUCCCUGAGGGCUUCAUGCACAAGGGGUUCCGCAACCUCGCCGGUGCCCUCGGCCAUGAAUACUUCAGUACUCACGGGAACGUUCCGGCUAGUGAUGUUACUGGUGAUAGCGAUGGUGGUCGGAUACGGCGGAGGAAAGGGGAUUGGCAUACCGAAGAUGUCGCUCUAGAUGAGGAACGCUUUGUUGAAUUAAUGGACAUUUCUAUCAAGAGCAGGUUCAACUCGGGAAGUCAUAACUUUGAUGUAAACUAGACUAGUUUGACUAGUCGUGUUCUGAUAUUGUUGGAUAAAACGGAUGGUUUGGUACAGGAAUUAGGUUUUGCUGCAUUGAUCAGGUGGAAUAGGAGGAUAGAUGGCGCCAGGAGUCUAAUAGAAAUCUGGAAAGGUAUCUAGAAAUACUAUAGAUGUAUUUAAAUUGUUUGAAAC